AUGGGCGGGAUGGACCCACAGACCGAAGAUGAUUUAAACGCAUUCUGUUCUUCGGUCCCUCUUCAUUUCCACUGCUCCUCGCCCGCCCUUGCCAUGAACGCGUCCGCCCAAGCUCUCCAAGGCGUGUUCAGAGAUUUGUCUCGUCUCUGUGAUGGGGACCACACCGUCUAUCUUCGUACCGAUUCCCACAGCUUCGUUGAGAUCCACCGUUCGGGUCCUCGCAGUCUGUUUACGUCAACUGUGGCAGCGUUCGUUCCCAACGUGGUCAUCAAGCUCCAGACGUCCUUGGUCCCGUCUAUCAUCACCGAGGUAACAUUACAGCAGGGCUCUCCCGUCUUGCACACGAAGAGUGGGCUCUUCAUCGUCGAGAAUUUGGCGGAGAUUGUCAACCUCGUUAAGCACCAUAAGGCUGCCUUCAUUAGGGAAGAUGCUACCCUCGCCGUAUGGGCGAACGAGUUGCAGCCCGCACUCGCCUCCCUUCACCAGGUGCUUAAGGAGCUCAGCGUGUCUUUAGGUAGACUCGAUCUAGUGCGCAUCGUCGAGCCUAGUGCCGAUUACGGCGAAGGCCUUGGGGGGUCUGACAACGAUCACAUCCCAUUCGACGACUUCAUUCAUGGCUACGAGUCUGCGACUCCGGUCGACAAGAUGUCGGAAGAGGCAGCCUACGUCGAGGCGCAGCGCCUAGCUCUCCAGCCCUUGGGGCUUGAUGACACCCUUGAAGGCCUUUACCCCAUCAGCAGGACUAACCUGUUUGACUCUCUCUCUUCAGGGUCCCCCAUGCUUGUUGACUCGCCCUUCCUAUCUUCUGCCGUGUCGACUGGCAUGUCGCAUAUGAGUCUUGGCCAUGCCUCGCAGACUUCCUUGAGCCCCUGCUACUCCCCGACUAGCUUUGACUUCGACUUCUCGAGCCCCUCUAUCUCGUCUGACAGCGCGUCUGACUGCAGUGCUAUGUCGACUCCGCUUACUAUCGCGCCUUCCGUCUUGUCCUCGCCUCAAUCUUCGUGGAGUAGCCCUGCGCUUCCGACCAUCCCCGAGGCUGACCUCGACGAGACUGCUCAGGUCGAGUGCUAUGAUGAAGCAAGCGCCGCGAGCCCAGUGCAUUCCGCUUCUCCGGCAUCAUCUCCUAACGUUUCGGACACCGAGUUGACUGGCGAAACCACCAGCAAGCGCAAGCGCAUCAAAACGGAGCAGUCCGAGUCCACUAUGGAGGUUGUUUCGGAGAAGACUCGUGCCCGCCGUGCUCCUCGUGCUAGCUCCCCUGCGAAGGCUAUUGCUCCCUAUCCUCGCCGUGCUGGCAAGACAGUUCCCCAGGCGAUCGUACCUGUCCCCCCUGCUGUGAAGCGCGCUCUAGCCCCUCUCCCCUCACGCUCAUUGCGGUAUCGCAGCUCUAGUGUACCUAGCACUGCAUCAUCUGUCUCGAGUGCCAGCACUUCGGGGGAAUCUGGGUCGAAGCGCACGAAUAUCGCACGACUGACUACGAAGGUCACGAGUGCGGUAUGCUGUGACGAUAACGAGCGCGAGAUCCUCGAGUCCGACGACAGCGGGAGCGAGUACGAGGCCGGGGCUUCCGAGCUAGACGAGCUAGAUGACGAGUACGACGGGAACUAUCGCCCUACCAAACGCACCAGGAGCGUGACGAGCUCCACUCGCGCUGAGUCUCCGGGCUCCUCCGUCACUAGCUCAGUCCGCCGCAAGGCCGUUAGCCCGUUGAUCGCUGCCGAGAAGAGCUCGGCACGCAAGAAGUCCUCUUCCUACGGCGGCUGCAGGAGGAAGAAAGGCAGGGGCAGAGCGAAGGCCGGCAAGGCGGCGGGACCCAGACCGACGUGCAUCUGGUGCGACCGCGAGUUUACGCGCGAGAGCGACGUGCUGCGGCACGAGCAGUCGUCGUGCAAGCUGUACCCGUUCGAGCGCAAGCUGGACUACUGCCCGCUAUGCGACAAGAUCAUCUCGCGCAACGACGCCGUCAUCCGCCACCAGGGCUCGGAGGACUGCAAGAAGCGGCAGCACGAGCUCGGGCUGGCGAAGGCCAAGACGGCGAAGACGAAGGCUGGGGCGCGGGUCGCGAAAGCGGCGAAGGAGCCGCUGUCACCGAGGAGGCGGCGCACGAAGUCUUGAGCUGGAGGCUUUGCUUGUGGGGUUCGCUCUCGAACUGGCGGCUACGCGCUCGGUGUCUCCCGCCUUGAGCUGUGGCUGUCUCUCUCUCCUGCGUUCUCGUGUUCAUCUCUUCGUGUCUCACACUGUGAGUCUCAUCGUCCGUCUAAGUGCACUUACCUGUUGUGCUCUAGUCUCGCCUGUCUUGUAGUCACUGCUACAU